AUGGAUCUCGACGCGAUGAUCACCGAGGCGGAGGCCGACAAGGAGGAGAAGAAGGCGCGCCGCGUCGUCGUCAAGCGCCCCGCCCGCGGCGGCCGCGGCGGCGGCGGCGGUGGGGACGAUCUCAGGAGCAGACUGCGCGGCAGCGACGAUUACCACGGCGGCAGGCGCGGGGGCGGCGACAGGUGGGAGCACGAUCGCCACGACGACAGGCGCGGCGGCGGGCGCGGAAGGGCCGGCGGUCGAGGCAGGCGCGACGACUACGACGGCGGCGACCGCGAUCGCCCCCAGGCGGAGACCCUCGACGGCUGGACCGUGUCCGAUCGCGUAGACGCGCGCACGGGGAAGAAUUUCUUCGCGGGCAAGUGCGAGGGGUGCGGCGUGGACACUGAGGUGCCGUUCCGCCCGGUGAAGGGCGGUAACCCGCCCGUGUGUCUCGACUGCAACACGUCGCUUAAGGACGCGCAGGGCGGCGGCGGGCCGGACCGCGGAGGCCGCGGAGGCCGCGGCCGGCGCGGAGAUCCCUACGGACCGAGCCCCAAGAUGAUGAUGCAGCAGAUGCAGAUGAUGCAGAUGCAGAUGAUGGCCAUGGCGCAGCACAUGCAGGCCGGCGGCGGCCGCGGCGGUCGCGGCGGCAGGGGUGGUCGCGGCGGCAGGGGCGCCGGCGGCGGCAGAGGAUCCAACGUCUGGACCCCCGACAUGGGAACCUCCGAGCCCAAACCCGAAUCCGGAGUGGCAAAGGGCGGCAAGACGUGGGUUAGGGAAGAAGCCGCCGCGGACAUGUCCUCCACGCCGUGCGUUUUCUUCCAGCAGGGAUCGUGCAAGUACGGGGACACGUGCAAGUUCGCGCACGUUCCCGCGCGGGACAACGACGGUAACGUCGACAUGGGAGAGGCGUGA